AUGCCCAGCAAGAGGAAGAAGAACAAACGACGCAUGCGCAGAGUGCAAGCUCAGAGGAGAAUCUUGGAAGAGCAGUAUGCAGCCAAUCCUCCGGCCAAAGCCAGCCCCGCCUUAAUUGUAGGCGCACCAGGAACUGUUUCCAAAAAGACUCCCAAAAAACCCAAAUCCACUGCACAGAAAGCGGCCCCCAAAGCUCCGGACGUGAUCGCCAAGGCGCCAGAAGUCCCCAAAGUCCCAGAAGUGGUUUCCAAAGCACCAGAGAUCGUCGAGGAAGUUCCUGAAGCAGUUGCUAUCGUGGAAGUCCCGAAGGUCGUUCCUAAAGUUGAGCCGCCCGCAGAGGAACCGGUCGUUGAACCAGCGAGAGUCGAGGAACCAGAGCCAGAGGUGGUAGUGGCUGCGGUGGAAGUCACAGAGACUCCAGCUCCGGUCGUCCAGGAUGAAGAGAUCGUGAAAGAGGAACCAAUCGUCGCAGAAGAACCCGUCGUCGAAGCGGUCGUAGAGGAGGAGAAAGUAGUGGAAGAACCAGUCAUUAUUCCUGAAGCAGAGCCAAAGAUCCAGGUCACAGCAGAAGUACCAGAAGUCUCUCCUGCAGAAGUACCAGAAGUCACUCCUGCAGAAGUACCAGAAGUCACCCCUGCAGAAGUACCAGAAGUCACUCCUGCAGAAGUAACAGAAGUUACUCCUGCAGAAGUACCAGAAGUUACUCCUGCAGAAGUACCAGUAGUGGUUCCAGAGGAAGUGCGGACUGUCCAAGAAGAAACCCUGGUCACUAAAGAGAUCGAGCAGGCUAUCCAAGAAGAAAUUCCGGUUGCCACGGAGACCGAACAGACGCAUGAUGUGUGCGAGCCCCAAGCCCCACCCCUUACAGAAGAAAUCGCUGACGAACCAAUCAUCGAGAAAAUCGUCGAGUCCGCCGAGUCUUGUGAACUGACGGAGGAGCCGGACGCAACCACCGAAGCAGACGCCAAAGACCAGAUCUCUGAAAUCGAUGCUGAGAUUGCGGAAAGCUCUGAAGAAAUCGUAGAAUGUGUUGAGGCUCAGGUCGUCGAGGCAACGGCGGCGGCUAUCAGCGAAGAGGUUGAGGAAGCUAUCGCUGAAGUUCCAUCUAUGACGGAAGAAAUCCAGGAGUUAGAGGAGCCAGAAGAGUUAGCCGAAUCUCUCGAAGUAGCCGAGACAGAACUGGAACUAGCUGAGAACAUUUCUGAAUCGACAGAGGCUGAAUCAGUAGAGGCUGAGACAGAAAUAGUGGCGACAGAGCCUGAAAUAGUCGAGACGGUGCCAACGGCAGAAGUUCUCAGCGAAGAACCCGUUGCCGUAGUUGAAGCAGUUGUCAACGUAGAAGUCGUUGAAGAGGUUCCUGCUCAGACUGAAGAUUGCAAGACGCCAGAAGAUUCAGCUGUGGUCGCCGAAUCUGUCGAGCUUGACGUUGUUGAACCAGAACCAGCCGAAGAGAAGGAGGAAGAGGAAAGCUUUUCAUCCGAAGAAGAAGAAGAAGAAGAGAUGGAAGUCUUGUCUGCAGAAUCAGACCAGAUCACACAGGACGCUCCUGUCCCUAACGGUGAAGUCCCAGAGGAGCCUGAAGUUGUGAAACAGGUCCCUCUGGUGGAAGAGGUCUCUGUGGACUCUGUGGACGUCAUGGAGGACGACUUCGUAGUGACAGACACCAAGAUCAUGGAAACACAAACCAUUGAAAAGAUCCCUGUUCUGGAAAAGGACCUCGCUGAGGACGCCCUCGACAAGUGUCCGAUGGGAGAAGCCGCGCUAGCUAACGCCACCGCUUUGAUCAAACAGACUCCGGAAGCGACUGUGGAGAUGUAG